CCGAACAUUCGAGUUAGCCACCAGCCAGCCACAUAAAACCGCGGCGUGAGAAGCAUUGGUAUCAGUUACCGACAAAGUUGGAGGUUGGAGCGAUACUCUGAUUCUGACGCUGAGGAACGAUGCCCGUCACGUUUUUCGUCGAGCCCAGUCGGCUGCCGUCGUGGAGCCCCUGGAGCGAGUGGCUCGAGUCUGGAGCCCGCCGGGAGCCGCGCUGUCUCUGGCUGCGGCGGCCCGCUCUGAAGAGGGGUCCCGAGCUGCCGCUGCAGCUGCAGGGACCGGGCGGUAAGCGGGUGUGCUGCCGACCCGCCGCAGAGUCGGACGGCUACCGGCAGGUGGUCGACGUGGCCGGCUACCGUCCGGACGAGGUGCGCGUCCGGCUGUCGGCCGACGGCCAGGUCACCGUGUCCGCCUGCCAUCGCGAGCGCUCCGACACCGGCUUCAACCACAGCAGGAUGGUGCGCCGGCUGAGCCUGCCGCAGCACGUGCGGGCCGACCAGCUCAGCUCGCGCUGGACGCCGGCCGGCCAGCUGGUGCUGGAGGCGCCGGCCGCCGAGCUCAACGAAAGGUGCGGUCGGUGCCCUCGUGACCAGCGGAAGGUCAUGGUGGUGCCCGUCACCUACGAUACUCCGGCCGUCAAAGAAGGACAGGACAAGACCGCUGAGGAGGGUGAGAAGACUGAGGAGAGCCAUACUGAGAAGACCAGCACCGAUCAGGAGGAGGUCCAAGAGGAGAUGACGCACGAAGGGGAAGCUGAACAGUCUGACGGACAGGACGUCGCUGUAGAUGUAGAAGCAGCUGCUGAUGAGGCCCCGGAGAAGAGCUCAGAGAGCGUGGAGGACCUCACAGAGAAGUCUCAGGACGAUGUCUCCGAGCCAGCUGAGGCAGCGCCUGUCGAGCCCGCUUCCUCCGUCGCUGUUGCCGACAAGCCGGCCGAGGUCGUUGACCUGGAGGCCGAGGCGGCCGCCCGGCAGGAGGAGACCGUGCCGGUGGCGGUGCGGUCCGGGUCGCCGGCCUCCGAGUGCGGCCAGAGCAGCGUGCUGGCCUCGGUGGAUGUGAGCAGCUUCCUUCCGGAGGAGGUGGAGGUGCGCGUCAGCGGCCGCCAACUGGUCAUCGAGGCCGUGCACGAGGAGACGGCUGGGGACGGCGGCAGCUGCCAGCUGCGGAUGGCGCGCCGGCUGCCGCUGCCGACACACGUCGACCCGGACCUGGUCACGUGCCGGCUGACCCGGGCCGGUCAGCUGCUGCUCGAGGCGCCCGUCACCCCGGCGCCCGGCGCGUGAUGCGACUUACCUUAGGUUCUGACUGACGCCUGACCUGUGAUUUGCAUUACGUGACCGGUUGAAGGUGCCGACCUGGCCACGUCAAUUUGCUAAACGACCUGUCAUCAUGUGGUGGUUAUUCUUUGUAUUUUAAGCACCGUGAUGCUCAUUUCAUUUCCAGGAAGCGGUCGCGUGGACCAUAUUGUCGAACUGUCUUAAGUGCACAUUCUGUGAUCCAAGAAGCGCGUCAUUGUCUGUGAAGUGGGUAAUGUUUGCUGUUGGUGUGUGCGUAAUAAACGAAUGCUGCGUGAGCUUAGCGUGGUGGUUUCAAGACGGGAUGCCUCGGAGGGACUGGCACUUAUACAAGCGAUGGUUAUCUACUACUAUUCACUUUGAUUUUUUACAUCGAUG